GCGAAUCGCGCGCGGACACUGCUUCCUCGAGCUUCCGCGCGGGCGAUCGCGUUCAGUCGGCGCUUGUCGCUCGUGAAAAUCGGUGGUCCCGCGUUCGCCAGUGUUGCGUUGUGCAAUCGGCCAGCCGAUUUCGCCGGUAAAAGCCAGUCCACAAUUGGCAUCGCGAGAUCAUCGGCAUUCUCUCUUUUUCCCGGCGGCUAGACGCGUAUUUUUAGAGCGGACAGCUACGAUUCGCACGUCCCGCGAACGGAUCGUGCGCUUCCGACGACGUGCUGAGAUGUUUGGCGGCGGUUCACACACUGUAGCCACGGACUAGCAACAGAACGCGUCAGUUCAGCUUUGAAAACACGAGAUAACGAAACGAGGCAAGAAAUUCGACGAGAGCAGAUCGAAAAUGGUAAGGGUCUGGAUCGCAAUUUGUUGCGCCGUCGCGGCUUUGUCCAAUGGGGUCGUCGGUAAUCCUGUUCCGCAGGAAGAUGGAGGGCUCACCCUCAGGAUCGUUCACACAAACGACAUGCACUCGAGAUUCGAGCAGACAUCGAGAUUAUCCAGCCUCUGCUCGCCGAAGGAUGCGAAGGAAGGGAAAUGUUACGGAGGGUUCGCGAGAAUGGCAACCCUUAUUCGACAGGCGAGACAAUCGUCUGUUCCUUGUAUCUUUCUGAACGCAGGGGACACUUAUCAAGGGUCCAUAUGGUACAACGUCUACAAAUGGAAAAUAGUUGCCAAGUUCCUCAACCUGUUGGCUCCAGACGCCGCGAGUCUGGGUAACCACGAGUUCGACGACGGAGUCGACGGUCUGGUCCCGUUCAUCCAGAACGCGUCGUUUCCCAUCGUCACGUCGAAUCUCGACCUAAGUAAGGAGCCUAAACUAGCAGCCACCAACCUGUUGAACAGCGUCGUGUUGACGGUUAGCGGAACGAAGAUCGGCGUGAUCGGUUAUUUGACCCCCGACACCAAAAUGAUCUCCCGCACGGAGGAAGUGAUCUUCCUGGAUGAAGUUGAGAGUAUCCGCAGGGAGGCGAAGGAGCUGAAGAAGCAGGGUGUCAACAUCCUAAUCGCUCUAGGACACUCCGGCUUCAGCGUCGACAAGAAAAUCGCGAAGGAAGUGGAGGACAUCGAUCUCGUGGUCGGUGGCCACACCAACACGUUCCUUUACAAUGGUAAACAGCCCGACCUCGAAGUACCCGAAGGCCUCUAUCCGACGGAGGUGACGCAGAAAAGCGGCAGAAAAGUGUACGUGGUCCAGGCGUACGCGUACACCAAGUAUCUCGGCAACUUCACCGUGAAGUUUAAUCCCGCGGGCGAGGUGACCGAGAUCAAAGGCAACCCCGUGCUGGUUGACAGCAGUAUCGAGCAGGCACAAGAUGUCUUGAAUGAGCUGGAACAAAUGAGGGGAGCAAUUGAUAAUGUUAGUCUGACAGUGGUUGGGAAGACUCGUGUUCUUCUCCAGGGAGACAGUAAAAUCUGCAGACGCAUGGAAUGUAAUCUUGGUAAUUUGAUUACUGAUUCCAUGAUCGAUUAUAAUGCUGGAGAAUAUGGAGGCAAGGAUGGUUGGACAGAUGCUGCUAUAGCUUUGCAGAACAGUGGAAGUAUUAGAACUUCCAUCACCAGAAACAAUGAUGAUAUAGUUACCAUGGGAGAUGUUCUCAGUGUGCUACCAUUCAACAAUAUUAUAUUGAAGGUGCAAAUGACUGGGGAGCUGAUUCUAUCUGUUUUAGAGUGGAGUGUUUACAAUUUAGAAAUAGAUACGACUACAGAUUUAUUUGGUGCAUUUGUACAGUUCUCAGGUCUUCAGGUAGUCUACGAUUUAACUCAACCAAAAAAUUCAAGGGUGGUAUCAGUACAAGUGCAAUGUGCAUCUUGUAGUAUUCCAUCAUAUAGUGAACUUAAAAGAAAUGAAACAUAUACUGUACUUGUUCCUGAUUUUAUGCAGACUGGUGGAGAUGGAUAUGUUAUGUUAAAGGAUCUUAAGACUCAAUCAUUAGGUAUAACUACUGCACAUACGCUUGUUGAAUACUUUGAGAAACACAGUCCAGUGCAUCCAAGUGUUGAAUGGAGGAUUAAUUAUGCAAAUAAACAGCAAUUCAAUGGUUCUAAUAAGUUAUAUGACUCUGUUGGGUUAACAAUCUUUUUACCAAUAAUUAGCUGGUUACUUUUAAGAUAAAUUAAUAAGUAGAAAUGCACAUUAAGUAGGUAGUCGGGAUUUAACAGUAUUUGAAACUUAAUAGUCUAUAUAAUUCGAAGCUCUUUUAUGUGCAUCCUAUCUACUACUUCUCUACCUCAAAUUGCAUAAUUUAAUUUUAAGCUUUAGUACCUAAAGAUUUUAUUUACCAAGUACUUUAUAAUAAAUUGGUAUAGAUCAAUUGGCGCUUUAAUUAAUUUUUCAAUUACUAAUAAUCUCUAAAUUUUAUAAUUUCUGGAUCUCUAUCAGUUUGUAAUUAAAAAUAUAUAAAUAUACCACAGCAUACAUAUAUUUAUGUAAAAUGAGUAUCUAUUUAUAAUUAUAUAUAUAUACAUAUAAUAUCAUAUGAUGAAAAAAUCCAUAAGCAUCUGCAAUCUACUUAUAAUAUGUUAAUUGUUGCAUUAACAUUGUAAACAGCAGUCUCAUGAAAAAGUUAUUUAAGAAAUCAGACUUAUUUUUUCUUACAAAUUGACAAUCACGAUUAAUAUAAAAUAUACAGAAAAGAGUAUAUUUACAGUUUAGGAAUUUCAAAUAUAUUUCCUUGUGAGCAAUACACUUGUUUCAACGUUUCUCUCACAUUGAGCAUUUCCAGACAGGGCGUUGGUACUAACUUAUGUAAAAUUUUAAUCAUUUUCAAUAAGUCGUUUAAAAUAUAAGGUUUAUCCGCUGUAUUUCCCUCGGUAACAAUAUCGACAUAUGUGUUGAAUUUCCUUAAUGUCUGAUUAAGUUUUCUCAAGUCUUUGGUGUUUUUAACAAAACUCUAUGGCCAAACAUACAAAGAAUAAAAUUUAUUAAACUGAUAAAAUCUUACUGACUACUUAAUUAUUGAGUGACUUACCGCAUACGGUUUCAUAUUAUAAUACAGUGGCCAAUCUUCUUGGCAUGCUACACAAUUACAGUCAAAGAAAUAUCUCUCUGAAAGUGCUCUUUGCCUUUCUACUUUUGAAUUGAGUUCAUGACAGUCACCAUAAUUAUCAAAUAUCUUAAAGGGAAGAAUUGAUAUUGGUAACUUUAUAAUAAUAUAACUUUUAUAUAAUUAUUUAACAAUGUUAUUAUAUACCUGUUCACCUUGUUUAAUGGGACAUAGUACAUAAAUAAUUAGAUCUUUACUCCUUGAAAGUCUCAUUACAUUUAAAGAGCAACUGUGAUUAAACAAACUGCAAAAUGGCAAAGCUGCAAUACCACGUGUAAUAGUGUCCAGUCCAUAUUCCUCUGUGAACUAUACAAGUACACUAUUCAAUUUUGAGUUUUCUAUUAACAAGAGAAUAAGUAGUUAUUAAGUUACAACAUACCGUAUGCAUAUUACUAGGAAUCACCUGUUGAUGUCUCAAUAUGAGACUUCCCACAAAUAGGACAUCAGGAUUUUUCAUCAAUACAGACAGAUCUUUCUGUAAUGGGCUUCCAAACAUGUCAGUGCAUGUUGCCAAAAAGUAUAAAGUGAAACAAGCGUCUAAAGAUUUUCUAAAUAAAUCAUCUACCGUACGUUUUUCACUAUUGGUUACAAGACUCAAUAUACUUCUGUACUGAUUACUUUCGAAAAUCCCAUUCUUAGAAAAGCCUUUUCUACGUAGAUCUGAAAGUUUUGAGCAUCAAUA